UAAUUUAUAAAAUAUUUAUUGACGGAAGACCGUUCAUAAUAAGGUUUUCCAAAAUUUUCAAAAAAAAAUUUUUUAAAAAAAAUGUUUCUACUGAGAUGUGUGAUAUUUAUGGAAAUGGUCAUCAAAAUAUUUUGACUGUUAUAUGUUGCGUUUAAAACGCGAGUUUACUAUCGCGGUGCUACUCAUUUUAGCAUCCAUCAAUUCCGCCCUUACCAUGACGGACAUUUUAAUCGAUUCCUUUAACCAUUACAAUUAUACCAAUGGCCGCAUAAACGCGUCCCCCGUGGUCUCUUCUCGUAUUUAUUCCCUAACUUACACCGAAAAGUCAAAUCCAAUACCUAAUCCAGCGACCGUGCCAUUGACAAAUUCGGACAUAGAAGACGCGAAAGCUCGGGAAGAUCGACAGUUAGCCUAUUUGUUCUUGAGCCAAAGCAUAUUUACCCCCAUAUACAGUAUUUUGAUGUUGGUUGGAAUUAUAGGUAACUCCCUGGUAAUAUUCAUAGUAUUUAAAGAUAAAUCGAUGAGAAAUUUUACCAACAUAUACCUUGUUAAUCUGAGCCUUGCCGAUCUUCUCAUCAUGCUCACCUGCAUGCCAACGGCUCUGGUCGAUUUGUAUUCUCAGGAGAUAUGGAUAUUCGGAAAAAAUAUGUGUAAAGCAGUGCCAUUCCUACAGUCCACAGUGACGCAAACGUCGGUUCUCACGAUAUUAGCUAUAAGCUUCGAAAGAUACUUCGCUAUAUGUCACCCGCUCAAGAUGCAAAGAUACACCUCUGGAGCAAGUAUCACCAGGACGAUAAAAUAUUUAUCCAUCAUAUGGGGCGUUUCCUUGUUAACGAGUACCCCCUAUAUCUAUAUCACGCAAUAUCUCAUGGCUACUCAUCAAAACGGACAAAUGGUACCGAUUUGCAUUACUUCGUUACAAAAAAAAUGGGAGCAAAUAUUUUUCCUGUUUUCGGUGUCCAUCUUUUACAUUUUACCCCUAAUAAUAUUGGUCAUUUUAUAUUUCAAAAUAGUUAAGGUAUUGGCACAGAGUCAGGAUAUUAAUAAUACCGUCGAAAAAAUGAAGCGGAAGGAUUUUCAGAAAUCGUUCUACGCCAAAUCGAUCCGUAGUAGGGACAAAAAAUAUAAGUAUUCCUUUCGAAAUACCUUCCGUAAUAAAGCCUGUGUCAAUCAACCUACUAACCGCCCUCAAUCAGACGAGAAUAUAAUAAGCGAUUCCUCGCCUUCUUAUUCCUUGUACCAGAGUUCGGGGAAUAUGACACCUCUCAGCAAAUGCGAAAUAAAUCAUUUUAAUUAUGACAGCGAUCAAAAUACUAAGAAAGUUAAAGGCAUUAUCAAAUAUCCAAGUUACGAAGAAAAGCAAGGUUAUUCCUGCGAUUCCACCAUCUUAGAAAAUAAGGAGUUACAAAUUGUCAAUAAUUUGAACAGGGAUUCCAAGUUAAAAAUAGCGACUAUAUCUCGAAUGGAUACCGAUGAUUCUUGUAGCAUACCAGAAAACAUCACAUCUUUAUCUAUUUUUCGGCGCGUAUAUCAUAACAUUCGUAAAGGUGUAGAGGUAAUGUUGGCCACAUACAAAUUGGGCGCCUCCACUAGUCAACCAAAUUGUCAAAAAAGAGAUUAUACCAAAAGGUGCAAUAAAAAUUUAAAAUUUGGCAACCAGGAAAAACGGAUAACAUCUAUAGAUCCAAAUUCUAGGGUAGGAUUCAAUAAAUCAUCUCAUAAAUACAGUAUUAUUAAUAAACAACAAUCUAAGUUAAGAAAACAACGCAAUGCAGUAAUUUCGAAAGGAGUUCAUCAUCAUAGUAGCAAGAAUGCCUCCAACCAGGGUAGACAACAAUUGAUAAUAAUGUUGAUAGCUGUGGUCUUCAUGUUUUUUAUAUGUCUUUUACCCUUUCACGGUUUAGGCAUAUGGUUAAUUUUUGUUCCCCAUGCGAAAGUGAUAGCAUUAGGUUUGGAAAAAUAUACCAACAUUUUAUGUUUUACUAGAAUUAUGUAUUACUUGAAUAGCGCCAUAAACCCGAUAUUGUAUAACGUCAUAUCCACCAAAUUUCGACGCGCGUUUUACAGAGCUUUAACAAGUUGCUGCAGAAAAGAUGAUGGUAAUGAUUGGAAGAGUAGAACGAGAAGCGCUCAAUCAAAGUACAUUUCAACUUCAAGUGAUUAUCAUACUAGUCAAUAUAAGAAAUCUAAAAUAUAAAAUGCGUAUAGAAUAUAGUACUAUAUAAAUUUAAAAGAUUUUUGGGGGGAACAAAAUAUUUGA